UUAAAGGCCCCACCGCUCCCUCGACCCCCCAGUCUCGUCCCACUCACCAUCGGCACAUCGCGCCUUCCGUGAGCGCUCGGCGCAGACUGUCAACCACCACCUUCUCCUUCUCCUCCCUCCGACUCGGCCGUCUUUGUCUCUCCCCCCAAGGCACACUCUAGCCGACCGCCGACGUCAACAUGCGCGAGUGUAUCUCCAUCCACGUGGGCCAGGCCGGUGUCCAGAUCGGCAACGCCUGCUGGGAGCUCUACUGCCUGGAGCACGGCAUCCAGCCCGACGGGCAGAUGCCGAGCGACAAGACCAUCGGCGGCGGCGACGACUCCUUCAACACCUUCUUCAGCGAGACGGGCGCCGGCAAGCACGUGCCCCGCGCCGUCUUUGUCGACCUGGAGCCCACGGUGGUCGACGAGGUGCGCACGGGAACGUACCGCCAGCUCUUCCACCCCGAGCAGCUGAUCACGGGCAAGGAGGACGCGGCCAACAACUACGCGCGCGGCCACUACACCAUCGGCAAGGAGAUCGUCGACCUGGUGCUCGACCGCAUCCGCAAGCUGGCGGAUCAGUGCACGGGGCUGCAGGGCUUCCUGAUCUUCCACAGCUUCGGCGGCGGCACGGGCUCGGGCUUCACCUCGCUGCUCAUGGAGCGCCUCUCGGUCGACUACGGCAAGAAGUCCAAGCUGGAGUUCUCCAUCUACCCGGCCCCCCAGGUGUCCACCGCCGUGGUGGAGCCCUACAACUCCAUCCUCACCACCCACACGACGCUGGAGCACUCGGACUGCGCCUUCAUGGUCGACAACGAGGCCAUCUACGACAUCUGCCGCCGCAACCUGGACAUCGAGCGCCCCACCUACACCAACCUCAACCGCCUCAUCGGCCAGAUCGUGUCGUCCAUCACGGCCUCGCUGCGCUUCGACGGCGCCCUCAACGUCGACCUCACCGAGUUCCAGACCAACCUGGUGCCCUACCCGCGCAUCCACUUCCCGCUGGCGACCUACGCGCCCGUCAUCUCGGCCGAGAAGGCCUACCACGAGCAGCUGUCCGUCGGCGAGAUCACCAACGCCUGCUUCGAGCCCGCCAACCAGAUGGUGAAGUGCGACCCGCGCCACGGCAAGUACAUGGCCUGCUGCAUGCUGUACCGCGGCGACGUCGUGCCCAAGGACGUCAACGCCGCCAUCGCCGCCAUCAAGACCAAGCGCAGCAUCCAGUUCGUCGACUGGUGCCCCACGGGCUUCAAGGUGGGCAUCAACUACCAGCCGCCCACCGUGGUGCCGGGCGGGGACCUGGCCAAGGUACAGCGCGCCGUCUGCAUGCUCAGCAACACGACGGCCAUCGCCGAGGCCUGGGCCCGCCUGGACCACAAGUUCGACCUCAUGUACGCCAAGCGCGCCUUCGUCCACUGGUACGUGGGCGAGGGCAUGGAGGAGGGCGAGUUCUCGGAGGCCCGCGAGGAUCUGGCCGCGCUGGAGAAGGACUACGAGGAGGUGGGCGUGGACUCGGUGGAGGGAGAGGGCGAGGAGGAGGGGGAGGAGUUCUGAGUCCACCUCGCCGCACAAUGGCCGCCUCGCAUGCCGUCGAAGCAGUUUGCUCUGUAGACGAAUCUGGUGAUGAGAGUUUCGCGAGAGUCAAAUAAAAGUUAUAAUAAAGGAGCAUCUUAAAUCAGCAAA